GUAGGUGUUCCCGCCGCCCCAGGGCAUGUUGCUAUGCCUCACGCGGCACCGCGCUGCUAUAUAAAGGCGCGGGGAGGAUUACUGGCUACAGAACAGCAGAUUCCUCCAACUUCACCUCAUCUUUCCGCCUCAGAUCAGAAGGAUGGCCAAGGCAGCAGCGACAGCAGCGUGGUGCCUCGUGGUGCUGGGGGCGGUGGCGGCGCUGGUGGCGGCGGAGGCUGAUCCCGGCCACCACCAUGGAGGAAGGCCUUACUACAAGCGGCCCAGCUAUUACAGCCAGAGGCGCCCACACGGCGCCGCCCACAUCUCUCACUCUAGCCACUCUGGUGCCCUCGGCGGCCACGCCACCCACGGCCUUGCCUCCGUCAGCCACUCAGCUGGCCACCUGCAGGGCGCCACUCAUGGCGUGCACGGCAGCCUCGGCCACGUCUCCGUUGGACUCUCAAAGGGCGUGCAUGGCAGCCACGCCACCCUCGGCCACGCCUCCGUCGGACACGCAAAGGGCGUGCACGGUGGCCACGCCACCCUCGGCCACGCCUCCGUCGGACACUCAAAGGGCGUGCACGGCGGCCACGCCACCCUCGGCCACGCCUCCGUCAGUCACCUGAAGGGAGUCACUCACGGCGUCCACGGCGGCCACGGCAAGAAGUACUAUCACUAAUGGAGGCUGCCCGGCCUGCGCACACACACACACACACACACACACACACACACACACACGUCUUGAAUGACUCUUUGCUCAGGACUCAUUUUCGAGCGUUUCCUAUUUUUGUACAUGAAUGUGUGACAAUGUUUGUAACUAUUUUUGUAAUAAUAUGAUGUUGUUAUUUGUA